AUGCCGACUACGAUGUCAGAAGAUGUUGACAAAGAACAAAGUAUCAAAGAGCAACCACCGAAAUCAAUAGAUGUUGAUAACGAACGAUUUAUCAAGCCAGAAAACCACGCAACCAUAUCUCCAGGUGGGAUUGAAAUAAGAUUUAUCAAACCAGAAGAGAAAGCAACCGUGUCUCAAGUUAGGGAUGAAGAAAAAGUUAUGGAAUCAGAAAAGCACGUAACAGUGUCUCAGGAUACUGAAGGUUGGCUGAACGAUUUCAAAAAGCUGUCUUCGAACAUACCUGCAUCCAACAUACACAGGGACCAAAUAAACAUCCUACUUUGUGGGCCACCUCAACAUGGCAAAAGUUCAACUGGAAACUCCAUCCUGGGCUCUACAGAGUUCGCAGUUUCCCAAGAGACCACAUCCUUUGAAUUAAAAUCUACUGUGUACGAACAUUACAAAGUGAAAGUAGUUGACUGUCCUCCCACACCAAGAGAAGAACCGCGUCAUCUGAAGCUGGUCUUACAAUCGUACGCGUCAAUGAUGAAACACUUAUUGACACUGUGCCCUAAAGGAUUCCAUGCUGUAGUAAUUGUGUUACAAUACAGAAGUGUUUUUUCAGAAGACCAAGAUUCUCUAAUGUUCAUGCUGAAGGAGAUGUAUGGAGACAAGUUCGUCCAGGAUCACUGCAUCUGCGUGAUCAGUCACGGGGAUUUGUUUGAAAAAGCGAUGGAGAGAAGAAGACAUCAAGGAAAUGCUCUGGACUUCAAUAGCUGGUGUAAACAGAACCGUGGUCCAGUCCUAAAUGACAUAUUUGGAGCCUGUCAGAACAGGUGUGUUCUCUUCGAUAACGUUACCAAUGACGUAAAUAUCAAGAGGGCACAAAUGUAUCAGCUGAUGUCCAUGAUCCUUGGCUCUUGGCAUAACACCUCCUUAGUGCCUCUGGUAUCUGUCAAUCCAAACCUGCGCAUCAAAGCAGACAUACACUUUCUGAUUGAGACGGCGCCAAGGUAUGAUGAGUACCAGAAUCAGCUGAAGUUCGCCGUAAAUUAUGCUUCCAAUUACCAGAUGAGCCCAGACACCGCCCGUACUUGUGUGAUGAUUUUUGGGCAAGAGCAUCACAUGCGGCUGGAUUUUUCAAUGUUAAACACACACGAACAGCUGGCACAG